ACGCCGUCCUCUCUCUCUCUCUCUCUCUCUCUCUCCUGAAGUCCGUUCUGUUCCUCUGACCGGUCUGACCCCCACCCUUCACAGACCCUGCAACCUCUCUUUUCCCUUUUUCGUCACUAUUUUUUCAUAAUUCAUCACAGUAAACAAUGCCACAACAUAAUUUCUUCUCAAAUUAAUCCAAACAAUUGCUGCCUUACAAACUCCAAUCACCGGGACAUAGCUUUUGUUUUUUCACCUAAUUUCAUGCCCUUCUUCCUUCGAUGAUCUUCUUCUACCUUCAGCUCACACCAAGCUUCUCCACUUCCUGUAUUAGUUUGUCCUCGCUAUGAGCCGACCAACUACCCGUAGUAAGAACAAAAGGCAUAAACAAGAAGACAAUGUCGAUAACAGUUCCGACAUAUUGAGAAGAAUUCACUCAUCUGGGGCAGUAACCGACGAUGACAUCAAUCAGCUCUAUAUGAUCUGGAAGCCGAGUUGUCAAGGAUGUCGGUUGAAUACUAAGGAUAACCCGAAUUGUUUCUGUGGGCUGAUUCCACCUCCUACUGGUAGCAGGAAGGUUGGCCUAUGGCAGAAGAUGUCAGAAAUUGUGCAAGCUCUUGGUUCAGAUCCUUCUAAGGAUCAACGUACUUCUCUCGACUUUCCUGCUGGUCUUACGAAUCUAGGUGCAACGUGCUAUGCUAAUAGUAUCCUUCAGUGUCUCUACAUGAACAAGUGCUUCAGGGAAGGCAUAUUUUCGAUUGAAUCGGAUGUAUUGAAACAAAAUCCAGUUCUAGAUCAGCUUGUACGGCUCUUUGCUCUCCUGCACGCGAGUAAGAUGGCUUAUGUGGAUUCAUUCCCUUUCAUAAAAACACUGGAGUUGGAUAAUGGAGUUCAGCAGGAUAGUCACGAGUUCCUGACGUUGCUUCUUUCUCUGCUCGAGCAUUGCUUGAGUCACUCGAAAGUUUCUAAAGCAAAGACUAUUGUUCAAGAUCUUUUCCGUGGAAGCGUGUCUCAUGUAACUACGUGCUCACACUGCGGAAAGGAUUCAGAAGCCUCUUCCAAAAUGGAGGACUUCUAUGAAUUGGAGUUGAAUGUUCUUGGCUUGAAAAGUUUAGACGAGAGUUUAGACGAUUAUCUUAGUGUGGAAGAACUUCAUGGUGAUAAUCAAUAUUUUUGUGAGUCAUGUAAAUCAAGAGUUAAUGCGACUCGCAGUAUCAAGCUACGUACACUGCCCCCCGUUCUAAACUUUCAGCUUAAGCGAUGUGUUUUUCUUCCAAAGACUACAACAAAGAAGAAAAUCACAUCUGCACUUUAUUUUCCUGAAGUGUUAGAUAUGCGGGAACGGCUAGCUGAGUCUUCUCAGUCCGACUCAAUAUAUCACUUGUCGGCCGUUCUGAUUCACAGAGGAACUGCUGUCAACAGCGGCCAUUACGUAGCUCACAUCAAGGAUGAAAAUACAGGGCAGUGGUGGGAAUUCGACGACGAACAUGUUUCCAAAUUAGGCCAUCAUCCAUUUGGAGAAAAAUCAUCAAAUGCUAAUUCUAAAUCUGUUCGAACUGAGUUAACCAUUCCGUUGGUUUCCAAGGAAGAAGUAAAUGUUACUGCUGAAAGGAAUCGAACGAACGGGAUUCUUCAGCAAUCAACAGAAUCUGGUAUUAGUUGUCCUACUGACAUCUUUUCAUCUAAUGAUGCCUACAUGCUGAUGUAUAAUUUAAGGUGCAUGGGAAAGAACACAAACAAAGUGACUAGCUCUAAUGUUAACAAUAAAGAAGUAGAAGGUAACAUGGUUCGUUUCAAGGAUGGCUCGUCUCUUCCAUCACAUUUGUGUGAUGAGAUAAGUAGUGUAAAUGAAUCGCAUGUUAUAGCUUGUCAAGAAUAUGAAUCGAAGAAGGAAGCUGAACUGGGUUGUAUCAAUGAUCGUAGACAGGAGGUCCGAUCGAUUUUGUCUGAAGCCCCUGUUCACUCGCUCGACGAACCCUUUUGUUGGAUUUCCGUAAAUUGGCUUCGCCAGUGGGCUGAUAAGGUCUCCCCACCCAUUCUUGAUAAUUCAACCAUUCAGUGUUUGCAUGGAAAAGUUCCAAUGUCAAAGGUAACAUGCAUAAAGAGAUUGUCCAUCAAGGCUUGGGACAAGCUAUUCUCCAAGUAUGGUGGGGGGCCCAAAUUGACCAAUGAAGAUAUCUGUAUGGAUUGCCUUAUUUCUGGUGCUCGAAACGUAGUUUGUGCCGACAGCUACCGGGACCGAAGAAUAUCAAUGAAAGAAAUUGCGUUAGCUGCGCUUUUGGAAACAUAUUUUGUUUCCAGGACAUGGUUGCAACAAUGGGCUAAAAGGAAAAUUCUCGAUGCUCCUUCCGAAGCUGAUUCCGAACCAACAGCCUCAAUAAGGUGUCCUCAUGGACAACUUUUGCCCGAGCAAGCUGCUGGAGCUAAACGAGUGCUGAUUCCAGCCGAACUCUGGUUUUUCAUACAUGAAGAUGCUAUUACUGUAAAACCUGAUGAUCCUACAGGGGUUCCAACUUUUCCCUCAGAUGCAAGACAAUGUUCUCUGUGCAGUGAGGAAUUAUCUGAAGUGGCAGUCAUGGAAGAUUCUAUAAGAGGAGUGAAGCUUAAACAGCGACAAAAUCACGAAAAACUAGCCGUUGGAAAGUUAAUUCCACUUUCUCUGCAUUGCAAGUAUUAUUUGGUUCCCACAUUGUGGCUUUCAAAAUGGAGAAACUACAUCAAUGCAAGUGGAAAGAGUGCUUCAUUUGUAGAGAAGCCGGAAAAUUUGGAUGGUGUGAUCAAUUUUUUGAGGUGUGAAAAGCAUUCACGCCUCCUUGAAAGACCUCCUGACCUGAUCUACAAACGUGGUACGGUGCAGCAGAAGUCCCAUGCAGAUGUUUUAACAAUCAUUUCAGAGAACGAUUGGAAAUGCUUCAGUGAAGAGUGGGAAGGUAGCGAGGCAUGCUGCAUUUCUGCCGUGAUUGAGUCGAGUAGUUGUGUAGGGAACGACAUGGACGGGUCCUUAGAGCAUCUCGACUCCAAUGAUGAAGUUAGCAAUGGCGACUUCAAACAACUUCUACUUAAGACUGAUCCCGAGGUAUGUGAAGAAUGUAUAGGAGAACGAGAAAGUUGCGAGCUAAUGCAGAAACUAAACUAUAUCGGCGAGGAUAUUUGCGUGUACUUUGCUCGUGGGAAGGAAGCGCCCAAAUCAGUUUUGGAAGCUCCCGAGUCCACUUUUGAUCCAGAUCGUCGAAUCUCAAAGCAUGCAAGGAAGACAAACUCGGGGAAUUUCGUUAAUCUAAAAGUUUCUGGUUCGACUUCAGUGUACCAGCUAAAAAUGAUGAUAUGGGAAUGUUUUGGGGUUGUGAAGGAAAACCAGAUACUUCGCAAAGGUAAUAGGAUAAUUGAUGGGGAAACUGAUACUAUGGCUGACAAGAACAUAUUUCCUGGGGACAAACUAUGGGUAAUGGAUUCCGAGAUUCACGAACAUCGUGAUAUUGCUGAUGAACUUUCUGAUCAUAAAAUGAACAUGCAACAUACCGAGGAAGGGUUUCGUGGAACGCUUUUGGCUGCUAACGUUUCAUCUGAAGUCGUUUAAGAAGCACCAAACUUUGAGGGUGCCUGCGGCGUAUUUUCAAAAUUUUGUAGAUGUUCAUAACGAGGAAAAACAACUACAGCGUUUUGAUAGGAGGAAGACAUGAAAUGCUGGACUGUGGGAUUCGCGGGACGAUGCUUUGAAAGCGCGAAAGAAAAACGACGACGACAACGCUGCAGGUUUUGUGAUUUCAUUAGUUUACCUUACACUCUUCACGUACAUUAGCUGUAUAUCAUGUUGAGAUUUGAAUCUGCUGAUUGCUCCUUUACAUGAUGUAAAAUGUUUUAGUGAUAAUGAUGCACAUUAUAGUGUACAAGUCCUUUCUUCUACAAGAUUUCAGGAGAAUAAGAUGAGGACCUUUUCUCUGUA